GCGGGGCGGGGCUUCCGCCUGCGCUCCGCAGUACCGGGCCGCUCGGCGGCGCCGGGGACAGUCGGGAACCGCGCCCGCCGCCGCCGGCCGCGCGGCCGGACGAGGGGACGAUGGAGCUGGAGCCCGAGCUGCUGCUGCAGGAGGCCCGCGAGAGCGUGGAGGCGGCGCAGAGCUACCGCCGGGAGCUGAGCCAGAGGCUGCAGGGUCUGCGGGAGGCGCGGAGGCAGAUCAAGGAGAGUGCAUCCCAGACAAGAGAUGUCCUCAAACAGCAUUUUAAUGAUUUAAAGGGAACGCUUGCAAAGCUCCUGGAUGAGCGAUUGGUGACCCUCUUGCAAGAAGUGGACACCAUUGAGCAGGAGACCAUCAAACCACUAGAUGACUGCCAGAAGCUGAUAGAACACGGAGUUAACACCGCAGAGGACUUAGCCCAAGAAGGUGAGCUCGCCAUUCGGGGAGGUGUAGGAGAACAGAAUGAAAAGCUCUGGAGCUUUACCAAGAAAGCCUCGCACAUCCAGCUGGACAGCCUACCAGAAGUGCCUUUACUGGUCGACGUGCCUUGCUUAUCUGCUCAAUUGGAUGACUCAAUUCUUAACAUAGUGAAAGACCAUAUUUUUAAACAUGGAACAGUAGCAUCUCGCCCACCGGUACAGAUAGAAGAACUGAUAGAGAAACCUGGAGGCAUCAUCGUACGGUGGUGUAAGGUGGAUGACGACUUUACCGCCCAAGAUUACAGGCUCCAGUUCCGUAAAUGUACUUCCAAUCAUUUUGAGGAUGUAUACGUAGGCUCUGAAACGGAAUUCAUUGUAUUGCACAUAGACCCCAACGUUGAUUAUCAGUUCAGAGUCUGCGCCCGAGGAGACGGCCGACAGGAGUGGAGUCCAUGGAGCGUCCCCCAGAUCGGUCAUUCCACGCUGGUGCCGCAUGAGUGGACAGCUGGCUUUGAGGGGUACAGUCUGAGCAGUCGGAGAAACAUAGCGCUUCGUAACGAUGCCGAGUCGUCCGGUGUUCUCUACUCCAGCGCCCCCACUUACUUCUGUGGGCAGACGUUAACAUUCAGAGUUGAAACUGUGGGACAGCCAGACAGAAGAGACAGUAUAGGAGUGUGUGCAGAAAAACAGAAUGGAUAUGACUCCCUGCAGCGGGAUCAAGCAGUAUGCAUUAGUACAAAUGGUGCAGUUUUUGUAAAUGGAAAAGAAAUGACUAAUCAGUUGCCCGCAGUUACUUCUGGGUCCACUGUCACGUUUGACAUUGAAGCUGUGACUCUAGGAUCCACCAAUAAUAACGAAGGCGGAAACUUCAAGCUUCGAGUGACUAUUAGCUCAAAUAACAGAGAAGUGGUGUUUGAUUGGUUACUCGAUCAGUCUUGUGGUUCUCUUUACUUUGGAUGCUCAUUUUUCUAUCCUGGGUGGAAAGUGUUGGUGUUCUAGGUUGGCCGAUGAUUGGCUUUGGGUGUGCAGGGGUUUCACGUAGCUUUCCUCUCAGCCCAGUUGUCAUUGGUUUAAAAAAUGGUUAGAUUCAUCUCUCAGUUAAGCCAUUGGAAACAGAAAUUAUUUACGGGAUUUCUUUUGGACCCUCUCAGCAAUAAGAGGCGUGAAUAUGGUGGACGAAACUGUCGCAAUGCAGUCCAUUUUAUUUUUUAGCAUAGUGUUAAUUGGAAUAUGCCAUCACAAUAAAAAUCAAAUUGGGUUUUAACGUAUGAGGAGAUACAGAAAGCCCUAUGAACCCUUCCGCUGUACUUCUAAAGUUGGUUGUAAGAACAGAAAAAUGCAACAUAGCAUCAUUUUUUAUGAAGUCUCCAUCUUGUAAAGAUCCAAGGCCAUUUAAGACUUUAGAAUGAAAAGCCAGGACGAGACCAGGCAGAAUAUGCUAUAAUGCAUGCUGUAACGGACACUCCCUUGUGUGUUCUCCACAGGAGUGUUGAAUAUGCUCUUCAUCUUCAGGGAUUUGUAAGCAGUAUUGCAUUUUAUCUCAUGUUCAGUAAUCUUUUAAGUCCCCAAAGUGUGACAAGUUUUAAAAAUUACUGAGCAAAUGUCUACAACAGGCAAAGUGUUUUCUUUUGUUCUUUCCUUGCAGUUCCAUUCCCAGUUAGGUUUGAGGGGUUUUACAGGGUAAAACUACUUACGGAAGUAGUAUGCACAGCAGUGUUAUUAAUAGCUAUGUCCCAUGUAUGACAUAUGUACCGGUGCAUAUGCAGCCUCAGUGACUUGCAUGUCACUCUUGGUAGGGUCUGAGUUGCAGUCCAGUUCAUGAAUGGUCUUUUAGUGGACCAAACAAGUGUAGGCUAAAUACUUGACCUAUUUUUUGGGAAACAAAUUUGUUUAAAAUAUUUAUUUGAAGGACUUGGAUGUAAACAUGAUUAUCUUAACUUGCUAUUUACCAGCCUAAGAUCUUUUCUCUUUAAUGUGAAUUUUUUUUUCCAUUUUUAAGAGUAGAAAAGUGGAAAAGCAAGUUUGAUAUUUUUGUAAGAUAAUUUAUUGGGGGAUUCCAGUUCCCUAUUAGACAAUCAUGACCUUUUCCCAUUGCCUUUUUAUAUAUAAGUAAGCUGUUUUUCACUUGUUUAGUGAUUAAGAAGAUGUGCUAGAAUGUAGAUGCCUCGUCCGACUAUCUGAAACAAAAAUAAAAAUGUAAAAGGUA